AGAAUCUUUUUUUUAAAUUGUUUGAAGUGGAUUUUAAAGGCGAUAAAGAGAUAAAAGAUAAAUUGUGAUAUUAAAUUGAUGAUUAUGUCACAAAAAUCUAAAAGAUAAAUCGUGAUAUUAAAUUGAUUGAUUAUGUCACAAAAAUCGCUCCGUUUUAUUUAUAUAUACGUGACUUGUAAUAUUGAAAUCGUGCUCGUCUUUUGAAAAAACAAGAAAUAAUCUUUUGCGAUAUCUUUUGCGAUAAAUAUCGAUAUGACAACUGCCUUGGACAAAAUUACCGGCCGUAGUCGAUGGAAAUAAUAAUAAAUUGUCAAGUAACACUAACUGUCGAGACAAUUGUUUUAACGCUAUUGUAAUAUAAAACUGAAAUGGGAAACGCCAGUUCUACGCAGUCUUCUAAGAAUCAAAAAGAUAAGAGGGAAAAUCACGGCUGGAGCACGCAAAAGCGUACUUUGCAGUUUCGUCUUUUACGUAGCGCAGAUACUAGACAAGACAGACGAUCCACAAACGGAAAUGGUAAAACAAUCAACCAAAGUUCACGAGAUAGGCAUAAAAACGUCCGAGCGACGAAUCCUUUCAUCAUCUUCUUCCUGCGAUUGCGUAGCAAGAAACCGAAAGAACAUGUCACCGUGAUAGCGCGAGCUGCGGGCAAAUUGUGGGCCCGAAUGACUCCCGAACAGAGGAAGAAAUACGUAGAUCUUGCAAACGCGGAAAAGAAACGACGCCAGGAGAGAAAACGGAAGAGAAAGCGUUUGUCCACACAUUCGAAAUGAUCAGUGUGCGAAUAAAAAAAGUAGCAAUUGGACGCAUAUAUAUUUCUAUUAUUUCUAAGUGAAGAGAUCGAAGUAAAAGUCCAGGAGAAAUUCAUAAUUCAAAAAGUUAUAAAUUGUAAAACAUAAAAACAUCCAUAAUUUGUAUAAAUUUGUGAAAUAGACUUGAUGCAUAUUUUUUAAGAUGAAUUAUAGAUUUAAUUAACUCCUUUUUCUUUCAAUCUUUCAAAUACAAGAUAAAGCCGAUCGCAUUUUUAUGUCGCAGGAUAAAGUAGCAAAACUUUUAGAGCUUACACUUGGAUGGAGACGCGCAACGCAUGUCGCUAUAAUAGUAUUAAUAAUA